AUGGGAAAACGAGAAAAGCAGAAGCAGAGGCAUGGGAGGGGUCACCGUGGAAGAGGCUCCGUCAGCUAUCUUCAAGAAGACCAUGAUAUUGAUGACACUCCAAGACUCUCACCCUCGGAUGAAGAAGCUGUUGAUGACAGCAACGAGGAACAAGAAGAAGAAGAUGAUGAUGAAGCAACGAUAAAUUAUGAAAAUCAAUCACAAGAUAUGCCUUCAAAGUUCCUCCUUUACCAACAAUCUGUGCAGUCUCCUAAAGGGGACAUAAGUUAUCUGCAAAAGUUCUUUCUCAUGUACGUGGGUGGAAGGAUGCCGCUCCAUCUUCAAGAAGAUUUCUGUGGCACUGCGUUUCUCAGUACAGAAUGGCUCCGCAGUGAUUCAAGAAAGACAGCAGUAGGAUUAGAUUUGGAUCUUGAAGCACUCAAUUGGUGCAUGGAAAACAACAUACCUAAACUUGGGGCUGAUGGAUUUUCAAGAAUAUCCCUCUUUCAUGGGAAUGUCCUACAACCUCUUCAGUCUAAGCUUGUGAAAAUGGAUCCUCAGAUGCUGGUAAGCAACAUUUCACUGUCGCAGAAUGAAGAGAAUAUGCAGACUGGUGUGCCGGAAUCGGAAGAUACAACAGGCUCUGUUGCUCAAGAUGAUAAGUUUACUACGACAAAUUUAACAUUACCUGGAAGAGAUAUUGUGUGCGCUUUUAACUACAGCUGCUGUUGUCUACAUAAACGAGCAGACCUGGUUUUGUAUUUCAAGCAUGCUCGUAAUACGUUGUCAACUAAAGGUGGAAUUUUUGUGAUGGAUUUAUAUGGGGGUGCAUCUUCAGAGCACAAGUUGAGGCUUCAGAGAAGAUUUCCUAAUUUUACGUAUGUUUGGGAGCAAGCUGAAUUUGACAUUAUUCAACGGAAGACAAGGAUUAGCCUCCAUUUCCAUAUGAAGAAGGAACAAAGAAAACUUCGUCAUGCAUUUUCGUACAGCUGGCGGUUGUGGACGUUGCCUGAGAUUAGGGAUUGCCUAGAAGAGGCUGGAUUUCGAUCUGUUCACUUUUGGGUUCGAGAGAUGCCUGACAGCACUGAAAUUAUGAGAACAGAGGGAUUUGGUGCGGGAAAGAAUGUAAAAUAUGAAGAGGCAACAAGUUUUCAGCAACAAGAUUCAUGGAAUGCUUACAUAGUUGGUGUUGCAUAA